GCGGUGUUUGUUUUUGCCUGCGCUAGUAUAUAUUUAUCAUUGCCGGAGAAACUUGUGAAUUUUUAUUGCGUUUGGCGUUUGAAUUAUUUUCACAGCAUCCGUAAAGAUUAAUAAAUUUUGUAUUAUUAUCGAAAAUUUAGCAUGGUGUGGGGAUUUGUGACUUGUGGCCCGAACGAGGCGCUUGUGGUUUCAGGAUGCUGUUAUAUGAAACCCCUACUGGUGCCCGGUGGCCGAGCUUUUGUGUGGCCUACCAUACAACAGGUGCAAAGAAUUUCACUCAACACCAUGACCCUGCAAGUGGAGAGUCCAUGUGUCUACACCAGUCAAGGUGUGCCCAUUUCGGUAACCGGUAUUGCACAAGUUAAAAUUCAGGGGCAAAAUGAGGAUAUGUUGCUGACAGCAUGCGAACAAUUCCUCGGUAAGGGCGAAUCUGAAAUCCAGCAUAUAGCUUUGGUAACGCUGGAAGGACAUCAGCGUGCUAUUAUGGGCUCCAUGACGGUUGAGGAAAUUUAUAAAGACCGCAAGAAGUUCAGCAAACAAGUAUUUGAAGUGGCUUCAUCGGAUUUAGCUAACAUGGGCAUAACUGUAGUCUCUUACACCAUUAAAGACAUACGCGAUGAAGAGGGUGACUCGAAGGGCUAUCUAAAAUCUUUGGGUAUGGCACGCACUGCCGAGGUCAAACGCGAUGCACGUAUUGGUGAAGCUGAAGCGCGUUGUGAUGCGCACAUCAAAGAAGCCAUUGCCGAGGAGCAACGUAUGGCAUCGCGUUUCCUCAAUGACAUCGAAAUUGCCAAAGCGCAACGUGACUUUGAAUUGAAAAAAGCCGCCUAUGAUGUGGAGGUGCAAACGAAGAAAGCCGAAGCUGAAAUGGCUUACGAAUUGCAAGCGGCCAAGACGAAACAACGCAUCAAGGAGGAACAAAUGCAAGUCAAAGUAAUUGAACGCACACAGGAGAUUGCCGUGCAAGAACAGGAGAUACAACGUCGCGAACGUGAACUGGAGGCCACUGUGCGCCGACCAGCUGAAGCGGAGAAAUUCAGAUUGGAGAAAUUGGCUGAGGCCAACAAGUUACGUGUGGUCAUGGAGGCUGAAGCCGAAGCCGAAUCGAUCAAAAUACGUGGUGAAGCCGAGGCCUUCGCCAUUGAAGCCAAAGCCAAAGCAGAGGCCGAGCAAAUGGCACAAAAAGCCGAAGCUUGGCGUGAAUAUCGUGAAGCAGCAAUGGUCGAGAUGUUGUUGGACACAUUACCAAAGGUGGCCGCUGAAGUUGCCGCACCAUUGUCGCAGGCCAAGAAGAUCACCAUGGUCUCGAGCGGACAGGGUGAAAUCGGUGCCGCCAAGUUGACCGGCGAAGUAUUGCAGAUAGUAAACAAAGUGCCGGAAUUGGUGAAAAAUAUAACUGGGGUCGACAUUGCCCGGUCCAUGCAUGCUGGCUAAAUUAUCAACACUAAGCUACUACAACAAAAGAAAACAACAACACAAGCAAACACGUGUACGAACAAAAUGACGACAAAGAAAGAAUAUAAGAGACAAUGUAUGAAAGAACUGUGUCAAAUCCUUAAACCAAAGAAUUUCAAAAAUUAACAAAUAAUUUUAACUAAAUUAAAGUUGCCAUAUUAAAUUAUUUGCUAUCAAAAAUGUAUAUUUUGCCUAAAACAACGAUAAAUUUGAGAAAAAUGAAAAAAUUUCGAAAAAAAACAACUAAAAACCAUUUCAAACAUUUUGAGGUCGAAAAUACCAAAAUUUUCUAAAUUGAUAUUCAUAAAAAUUUUAUGGAGUUAGGGAAUUUGGCAUUACGUAACGGUAAAUUUAAGCACAAAUUCUCGAAAAUUAUAACAAAAAAUGAAAGAAAAUAUUAAAAAAAGGAAAUAAAAUAUAAAAAAAAGAUAACAAACAAAUAUGAAAUGUAAAUGUAAAGCAUAAAGUGCUAUGCAUGCCACAAACUAUUUGCUGCCACUGUAUUGCUGCGUGAAUUGCAUACAUUUAUUGUGAAACUUUAUUAUAUUUACAAAUUUCAAUAUAUGCUUACAAAAAUAUACUCAAUUGUACACAUGUAAUGCGCUUUUUCUAUAUUUGCAACAACAAAAAACACACACACACAGCCACAUGCAUAUAUGCUACAAUAAACAAAGAGAGAUAACCAGAAUUUGUUUUCUGAUAAUAAAUAAUUACCCGGAAAAGUCAGCCUCAAUUCUACAUAAUUUCACAUGACUCAGCCGAGUUAAGCUGCCAAGCGCAAUUGCUAUAAAACAGUUUUUUAUAAAUACAUAAAUAUGUAUGUAUGCAUACGUGCCAUAUAACGUGGAAAAAACAUUGGUUGUAAGCAUUAGAGAUAAACACAAUCAGCUUAGGUGCCAGUGCACUGCAGUAUGAGCGCGUCUAAGCGAAGUGGAAACUUUUUUUCUGAAGUCGGGCGAGUUUAGUGCAUUAUUUUUCAAAAUAAGAAAAUUUUCACAAAAGUAGAAAAAAUAUUAAAAAUUAAAUUAAAUGAUUCUAUUACUUUUCACAAAAAUUUAUAAAUUUUCAAGUAAAAAAAUUGAAAAAAAAAUAUACUUUUUGCAUAAACUAUAAUUGUUUUUAGUUGAAAUUUCAUUAAAUUUUUCGCCACAAGUAUUCUGUAUAAUUUCAAUUUCAUAACGAAAAUUUUUACAUUUUUUGAAAAUUACAAAAAAAUGUAUUAAAAUUUAAAUCGCACAAACGCAGAGUAAGAACGCUUUUUAGCACAAACUUUUGUUUUGAGUAAAUUUUGAGUAAACCACAAAAAAUUGCAGGUAAAAAUAAUAAAAAUAAUAAUAAAAUAUAUACAUAUGUAUAUGUAUUUCAAUUUAUAUAAUUUUAUGCCUAAAAGUUCAAUUAUUUUUUAUUUUCGCGCAAAAUUUGCUAUGAAAAACUUACUUUGUACUUUUCGUGCCACUCUACGCCGUUGGAGUUGUGAGCGACGCAAAUUUCACGAAAAAUUAAUGUUUAUAAAACUAGCCAUUCUUGCAUUUAACAUUGUAUGUACGUAUGUGUAAUAAAAUGCCGUGACACCUUUUUAAAUUACACGAAUUUAUAAUAAUUUACAGUCACAACUUUCUGAUUUCAAUGAUUCUAUCUAUGUAUUCAAAAAAAAAAUUCUAUAUUUUAAUAAAGAUGUUUUCCGAAA